AUGCCCGAUAGCUUGCUGAAAAUGGACUUGCAGAAUGUACUCUACCGCUACUUUGCCGAGAGUGCGCGUGUGUUCAAGCAGAUCCAGCACAGUAUCCGUUCUGGAGAAGCAGAGCUGUCAGUGAUUAGUGAUGGUGAAGAACCAGCAGCUGAAGAUUUGGCAGCAGCUUUUGUUGACUUCAUGGAGGCUGUGAACUCGUUCUGCAGUUGGAGAUCCGAUGGACGCCGCGACGUGGAAGAGAAGUUGAAAAGAGUUCUGCGAUCAAACCGGAGGCUAUCCGCCUUGCCUUGGAAACGGAGUGCAGCUGCCUGUGUGUGCCUGUUGGUGUGUGGCGCCGUCAGCUUUGGAGGUGCUUUGGCUUACAGGCUGCCGAUGUUGUGGAUCCUUGGAACAGCGGCGGGUACGGCCUUCGCGGCUUUGAUGUUCUGUUGCCUUCGACGCCGGCAGGAUGCACAGCAACUUGGAGGUUUGAAGACGCUGUGGGAGAAGAUGGGAGUUCUGGAAUCCAACGUGGACGGUUUGCUCCGAUCUUGGAGUUCAGACUUGCACAUGCUCUCCCUCCGGAAAGCUCUUGCCUCUGCCCAGAGCAUCCGAUGCCAAUUCGACCAGUUUCUGCAGCAACUGCAGAUGAAGGCCUUAAUUUUCGAUCCUUCUAUAUAG